AUGGGUGUCGUCAUAGACUUAAACACUGUCGUACCUACACGUCGUACCUAUCUAUCUAUCUCAAAUCUCUUCAUUAUCUAUCUAUCUAUCUAUGUAUGUCAAAUCUCUUCAUUAUCUAUCUAUCUAUCUAUCUAUCUCAAAUCUCUUCAUUAUCUAUCUAUCUAUCUAUCUAUCUAUCUAUCUAUCUAUCUCAAAUCUCUUCAUUAUCUAUCUAUCUCAAAUCUCUUCAUUAUCUAUCUAUCUAUCUAUAUAUCUAUCUCAAAUCUCUUCAUUAUCUAUCUAUCUAUCUAUCUAUCUAUCUAUCUCAAAUCUCUUCAUUAUCUAUCUAUCUAUCUCAAAUCUCUUCAUUAUCUAUCUAUCUCAAAUCUCUUCAUUAUCUAUCUAUCUAUCUAUAUAUCUAUCUCAAAUCUCUUCAUUAUCUAUCUAUCUAUCUAUCUAUCUAUCUAUCUCAAAUCUCUUCAUUAUCUAUCUAUCUAUCUAUCUCAAAUCUCUUCAUUAUCUAUCUAUCUAUCUCAAAUCUCUUCAUUAUCUAUCUAUCUAUCUCAAAUCUCUUCAUUAUCUAUCUAUCUAUCUAUCUAUCUAUCUAUCUAUCUAUCUCAAAUCUCUUCAUUAUCUAUCUAUCUAUCUAUCUAUCUCAAAUCUCUUCAUUAUCUAUCUAUCUAUCUCAAAUCUCUUCAUUAUCUAUCUAUCUAUCUCAAAUCUCUUCAUUAUCUAUCUAUCUAUCUAAUUAAAUAG